AUGAUUCUGAUUUGGAUUUUUUGCAAUUUUCUCAUUGAUAAAUUUAUUUGUCAAACGAAUACUCUCCAAGUUGGUCUGUUGUUCGUUGAGGUUUGUUAUUAUUUCAAUACAUCUUUUUUGCAAACGAAGUUUUCAGAAUUUGACUGAUUAUCUUGUUGCUGUUGGUUAUCGAACAUCAGCAUCAGCUAUACUGAUUGGUGAAGAACGAAUUCGUAAAGAUCAUCUUCUCGAUAAUUAUAAAUUCAAGUAUGUAUUUUUACCAGCCGCUUAUAAAUUCUGUCUGUUUUUCAGCUAUUCAUACGCUUUUGACGAAUGUUCUGAAUCUCUUGGCGCUGGAAAAAUGGUUGAAAUGAUUGAAAAUAACAAUAUUGAUGUUUUGUUUGGUCCAACGUGUAAUCGACGUGAGUUGUUAUCAAGUAAAUACAUGAAUUAUCAUUGGAAGUAAUCUAAUUUUUCAGCAGCUCAAGCUACUGCAGCCAUUGGUGCCUAUUAUAAUAUUCCUGUUUUUGUAUGGGGCCUCACUACUGCUGUAGAAUUAUCUGAUACAAACAGAUAUCCUACAACAGUUACAUUUUCAGUAAAUUCUUAUAGUCUUGCUGAAUCAAUUCAUGAAUUGAUGAAUCAGUUUGGUUGGUCACAAUUUGUUUUCGUAUAUUCGAAUGACGGAGAUGAAGAGAAAUGUGAGAGUUUGAAAAAUGAUGUGCAAACUGUUAUUUCUGUUUAUAACGAUGUGCAACUUGCAUAUUUAUAUCAAAUCGGUACAGUAACUUUGAGCUCAUUGAGAACAGCAAUACAAUCUAUAAAAACACGUGGAAGAAUAAUUGUAGCAUGUUUUGCUGCUAACAAAGGUUUGAAAAAGGCAUUUAUGCAAGCGGCUUAUUUAGAAGAAGCAGUCAACAACGAAUAUGUUUACAUAAUGGCUGAAACCAAUUCUCGAGGAUUUCGAGUUGAUGAUUUGGGAGGAGAAUGGCAUUAUAUUUGGGAUGGUAAUAGUGGUAUACAAAGUAAUUGGACUGUUGAUCAAGCAAGAGAUGCGUUUGAAAAUGUGUGGUUUUUGAUAGAUGUAAGUGAUUAGAAUUAAAAAAAAUAUUAUUCGUGUUUUAUAGAACGCUGGAAUGUUGAUGGAAGUAACUGAUGAAUUCAAAAAUUUUAGUUCACAAGUUAUUCUACAAAUGAAAAAUACACCUUUUAAUUGUACUGCGGAUUGUGCGAACUCGACUUUUCAAUCAGUUUCUUCUUAUGCUGGCCAACUUGCGGAUGCUUUUUAUGCGUAUGCAAAAGCUUUGAAUCAAACUCUUGCUCGAUAUCCAGAUGCCGGUUUCAACAAUGGUUCUUUGAUUGUUGAUAAUAUUGGAAUGACAUUUGUUGGUGUUGGUGGUGGAGAUGUUACUAUUGGGUCUGAUUUAUCAAGAACGAGUGAAAUUUAUUUAAUGUGUUUAAAUCAAACAAAACUUCCUCAAGCGUAUGCAAAAAUAACAGUGGAAUCAUCUGGUACUACAUAUCUACCGUAUUACGCAAGUGUCAACGAUUUUUGGGAAGGUGAUUCACCAGCUCUUGCUGUUCCUUUGUGUGGAUUCAGUGGCGAUGAAUGUCCAACGAAUUUCAUUCAAGAUUAUUUGGUUUAUACAAUUAUUGUGGCUCUGAUAAUUUUCCUCUCAAUUUUAGCAGCUGUUUUCGGAAUUUUGUACACUCUUUGGAUAAGGAAAAAAGAAUUAGAGAAACAAGAUCAUAUGUGGCAUGUGUCAUUUGUUGAAUUGCAAAAAAUAGUGAAAAAAUCGAAUACCGAUUACAGUCAAAGAUCUUUUGCGAGUGGGCCUUCUACAGCUACGAAGGCUACUGUUGAAAGUCGAGUUGAGACAACAAGAUUUGCAUUUUAUACUUACAAGGUAGAUUUUUUCAAAGAUAAAUGAGAAAAAUGGACAAUUUUUAUUGUAGCUGGAAACCGUUGCUGCUAUGAAACAUGAAAUCAGAGUUCAGUUUAAUGUGGAAGAAAAAUUCGAACUAAGAAGACUUCGAUCAUUAGAUCAUGUUAAUUUGAACAGAUUUAUAGGCCUAUGUUUAGAUGGACCUCAAUUAUUAUCAAUUUGGAAAUUCUGUUCAAGGUAAGAAGGAAAAUGUGGUGGCCUCACUCAUCACAUUUGUUUUUUAUAUAAUUUUAUAAAUGAAAAAGUAAAAGGGGGUUUCAGAGGUUCACUUGCGGAUGUAAUUGCGAAAAGUUCGAUGCAAAUGGAUAGUUUCUUCAUUUUUUCACUUAUUCGAGAUAUCGCAGAUGCACUUGGAUUUAUUCACGGAUCACAUUUGAACCAUCAUGGUUGUUUGACAUCUCAAUGUUGUUUAAUUGAUGAUCGAUGGCAGAUUAAAGUAUCAGAUUAUGGUUUGAAAUUUAUAAAACGAUUCGAAAAUGAUAAAAAGUCAUCAAAAAUGUUAUGGAUGGCUCCAGAAUUACUUCGGAGUGAUUUUGCGGAAUCAAAUCAAGAAUCCGAUAUUUACAGUUUUGCUAUUAUUUGUUCCGAGCUUAUGACAAGAACAUCGGCAUUCGAUAUAGAAAAUAGGAAAGAAAAAGUAGAAGAAGUUAUUUAUCAAGUAAAAAAAGGUGGAAUGAAUCCAAUGAGACCAUCUUUGGAUAUUGACGAAACUAUGGAAAUGAAUCCCGCAUUAUUACAUUUGGUACGAGAUUGUUGGACUGAAAGGCCUUCUGAAAGACCAACAAUUAUACAAAUCAAAUCGUUAUUGAAAUCUAUGAACAAUGGGAAAAAGUCGAAUCUAAUGGAUCACGUAUUCAAUAUGCUCGAAACUUAUGCAUCUACUUUGGAAGAAGAAGUUUCAGAAAGAACAAAAGAAUUAGUUGAAGAGAAGAAGAAAUCAGAUGUUUUGCUUUAUCGAAUGUUACCAAGAACUGUAGCCGAAAAACUAAAACUUGGUCAAGCUGUUGAACCAGAAACUUUUGAACAAGUCACAAUAUUUUUUUCCGAUGUUGUCAAAUUCACAAAUCUCGCUGCUAAAUGUUCUCCAUUUCAAGUUGUUACUCUUUUGAAUGAUUUGUACACAAUUUUUGAUAAUAUCAUAGAGCAGAAUGACGUGUAUAAGGUGAGUGUUUGAGAUCUUAAAAAAUCAAUUUGGAUUUUUAUGUAGGUUGAAACAAUUGGUGAUGGUUAUCUUUGUGUUUCUGGACUUCCUCAUCGUAAUGGAAAUGAUCACAUACGACAUAUUUCAAGAAUGGCUCUAGGAUUUCUAAGUUCUCUCGAAUUUUUCCGAAUACCUCAUUUACCAUCUGAACGUAUCAAUCUUCGAAUCGGAAUCAAUUGUGGAAGUGUUGUUGCAGGUGUUGUUGGUUUGACAAUGCCAAGAUAUUGUCUUUUUGGAGAUGCAGUGAAUACUGCAAGUCGAAUGGAAAGCAAUGGAAAACGUAAGGUUCUGAAUUUAUUGAAUUCUAGAAAUGUUUUUCAGCCGGUAGAAUUCAUUUGUCUGGUGAAGCAAAUCGUAUGUUGACUCAAGUUGUCGGUGGAUUUGAAACUGAAUCCAGAGGUGAAGUUAUUAUCAAAGGAAAAGGAGUGAUGGAAACAUUUUGGCUAACUAGUGAAAAUACAGAACACAGUCAAUCAAUUUUGAAAGAACAACCAAAAACAGUGGAAUCGAGAAGCAUUACCCCGGAUAAUUGA